AUGAAGUCUGUCAUAUUGCUCGGAAUACUGAUACUAAUAAGCCUACUUACUAUUGAGUGUUCCAUUGCUGAUGGAACUUCUAAGCCAUUUGUGCGCAGCCGUUACAGCAAACGUUGGCGCAUUGCAACAACUGAGGCAAAUGUCAACAACAGCACAGCCACAACGGAGCAACAGACGAUUGUAGGAGUUGACUUGAAAACUGGGGAAACAACUACACUGAGCAACGUGCCCAAAUUUGAGGAAACAACUGUUGUGGUUAGCCCGUCUAUGCAAACCACAACUAGUUCAAAAGUUAUAGAGGAACCAGCCAAAAAAACGCUUAGCACCACAACUGAACAUCCAAGACAUAAUGGUCCAAAUGGCUUACCAUUGGACUAUGAUUACUAUGGCAAUGGUGGCGAAAACGAAGAAGAUGCAGGUCAUAAAUAA